ACCAACUUGCAGCACUUGCUAAAGAACGUGUUCCAACAAAUACUAUUAAAAACACAGAAGGAUGGAUUAAUAUUAUGAAUCAGUGGCAGUCAGAUGUCAAUUAUAAAGAACCAUUAGAAAAUCAAGAUAAAGAAACCAUUGAACUUCAAGUUUCUCAAUUUCUAUGUGGUGUAACAACUAAAAGUGGUGGACGUUAUUCAAGAACAUCAUUAAAGAAUGCUUUAUCUGCAAUUAAUCGACAUCUUCAAAAUAUCAAACCUGAUUUUCCUAAUUUAUAUGCACAGUUUGAUGGUUUACUUAAAGAUAUGAAAAAAAAGGGGCUUGGUGAAUUCAAAUCUACGGAUAGGUUAACUACUGAAGAGAUUCAGCACAUAUUGAUUCAUGAAGUUCUGGAUCCAAAUACUCUAUUAGGAUUAUUAAAACGAGUUUUUUUCUGGAUCUCUAUACUGGGUGCUGCAAGAGGCAGUGGUAUAGAAGAAAAUCAGUUCAACUUAGUUAUACCUUUUCUAUCUGAUUCAGAAGACAUUUCAGGACCAAAUGCUGAUUUAAGAAAUAUUAUGGAAUUAUUUAAUAUUGGAGUGUCUGAAAAUACUGGUUGUGCAAUUAGUAGACAUAAAUUUUCUGGUGGAUAUUACGCUUAUGCCAAACCUACAGAUAGUCAUAAAAGAGAAGCAUUAGCUAAUAUUCUCAACAAACUAAUCAAUAUCACUGAAACAACACAAAACUCGAUUAUUAAUACAACACUACUUAAUAAAUUGGUACAAGACUCACUUGAAUAUAAUAACCCUGAACCUGAUGAUAAUGAAGAAUUACGAAGCAUUAGAUCUGAUGAUGAUGAAUUAAGUGAUGUGGAUUUAAAUAAUUCAGCACAAGAGCAAAACGAGCAUGAAUUUUAUGGAAAAUUUCAUACUGCCUGA